AUGGAAUCGUCUGGCCCAGACGCCCCUGUGCUAGAUCCAAAGCCGCACGAUGCUGUGCCCGAGAAGGAGCAAAAUGAGCAAAAGUCAGAGUUGAAUGGCCAUGUCGACGACACCGUCCCUUCGUCAGAAUCCCUGCCGGAGCCUAGAGCUGUGUCACCUUCGGAAAAAGCACCGACCACCGAACAGCCGGCAGACACAAAGCCAGAACCAACGCCAGACGUCGAAAAGCCGCUGCUAAAUGGCAAUAGUCCGCCAAACGAAGAGGCCAAGCCAAGCACUGGCAUGACCACAGAGCCGGUACAGGACUCCGCUCCCAAAGUCGAUGAACAGGCCAAAGAACCUUCGCCGCCAGCAGCUAAACAACCUGAUGUUGCUUUAUCAAGGGAACCGGAGGAGGCAGCACCGACUUCAGAAGAAAAGGACCAGGAAUCCACAAAAGCAUCCAAUGAUGCCGCGGCACCCAAGCAGAGUUCCUCACCACCCCCUGCGACGGAACCUUUCGAGGUCAAGCGGUCCUCAGAGGAACCUGUAACGGAACCCAUAAAAGAAGAAGUGAAGGAACCGGUGAAGGAUACAGCCAGUGAGGUCGCGCAAGACACGGAAAUGAUUGAUGCACCCGCAGAGAAGGCCGAUGAAUCCGAAGAGUUGCCGGCUACGGGCGAGCCUGCACCUACGUCUCAGGAUGCCGCUGGUCUGCCUACUUCCGAAGUAGAUCUCGGUCCAAGCAGCAUGUCCCAGCUGGCCAUUGACACGACCGAGAAAGCUAGCUCUCCUGCUGCAGGGACCAGCGACUUGCCCAUGACCGAAGCCCCGAACGUCAAGGUUGCUCGAGAAAGAGAAGACGAUGCCAACGAGGAACCUGCCCCUAAAAGAGCCAGAACUGAGCCGACAGAAGACGAAGCUAUCCCUGUAUCAUCCGCAACCGAUGCUCCUACAGAUGUUCAGGCUGAAGUGGUCGUCUCUGGCGGUGAUCCAGGUCUUUCUGAGACCGCUCUGAACUCAUUAUCCAACUGGCAGGAUGAAGCAACAAGCAAGCGAGAAAUCUCUCCCUUUCAACGCCGUGAGAUGCGGAAGGUCAUUGGGCGUGUCAAGAAAACCAAGGCUGGCGGCCACUUUCGAGAUUCCGUACAGAAGCUAUGGCCGAGCUUGUGGGAAAACUAUGUCGCCAAGGUUGACCGCCCCAUGGAUCUCGCUGACCUCGACAGGAAAUUGCGCGAUCUGAAUGGCCCGCACAAUACUUAUGGUGACUUUCGCUCGGAUCUUAGACUGAUUUUCGACAACGCGCUGUACUUCAAUGGUCCAACCCACGAUAUUACCGCAUCGGCUCUCACAGCUGUCAGAGCUGUGUGGGAAGAAGUGCUGCCGAUACCGUCUGAAGAGCCUGUGAAGCCAAAGGCGAUCCCUAAGCCCAAGCCUGUUCGUGAAUCUCGCGCCGUAACCAAUGCCGACGCUGCUCGCCGACAAUCCGCAGGCCCAACAGCCAGCCCUGCGGCAGAGGCACCCGUAAGCAAACCUGCUGCUGCCUCGACGCAGGAUCAAUCCGCAGAUCGUCGCAGCUCAACAGCGACGGAGGGUGAUCGUCCAAAGCGAACAGUCCGUGCACCAAAGCCAAAGGACAUCGAUUAUACAACCAAGCCAUCUCGAAAGAAGCUUAAGCCAGAGCUUCAGUUUGCCGAGGAGGUCCUUACUGAGGUUAUGUCUCCGAAGAACUAUGAGCUGAAUGCCUGGUUCAUGGAACCGGUGGAUGCCGAAGGUCUCAAUAUUCCCGAUUACUACUCCGUCAUCAAGAAACCCAUGGAUUUGGGUAAAGUCUCUCGCAUGCUCUCCGCGGGUGAAAUUUCGAAUCUGAAGGACUUUGACAAGACAGUUCGACUGAUCUUCGACAAUUGCUUCAAGUUCAAUGGUCCAGUCGAGCAGGGAAACCCAGUUUCGGCCAUUGCGAAACAGCUGGAGGAUGUAUAUCUAGCGCAGAUGAAGGGCAAGGAUGCCUGGUUGGCCAAGUAUGCAAAGGCGAACGCCCCAGCCUCCGCGUCCAACGCCAGCGACGAAGAAGAGGAGGAGGAGGAGGAGGAGGAUGGUGACGAUGCGGGAGAGAUUAUUGUCGAUAACAAGGCCAUUGAGGAGCUCCGAGCUAAGCUCGAUGAAGAGACUAAGAAGCUUAACGGCAUGUUCCUGACUGCAAACCAAAGCAUGAUUGACAUACAAAAGAACAUUGUCCAGAUGAUCCAGGAGACUUUGAUCGGAAAGGCUCGCGAAGAGAAAACAGCACGUGCAAAGGCCAAGAGUGAGAAGCCGAAGAAAGCCCCUGGCAAGUCUGCCAAACCCAAGGCAGCAGGCUCCGGUGGUCGAAAGUCCACUGGAGGUGCCAGUCAGCCAAAGAAGGCUGGAGGUUCAAAGAAGGCUGCCACGAAAAAGAGUCUUACCGCGGCAGACAAGGACCAGAUUGCCAAUGCCAUCAAUGAUUUGGAUGGAGCUUAUCUUGACCGGGCGAUUGACAUUAUCAAGCGUGAUACUGGCCAGAACGAGAACAAUGAUGGCGAACUUGAGUUAGACAUCGACCAGUUAAGCAAUGAUGCUCUUUUGAAACUUUGGGAACUUUGUAGAAAAGCGCUCCCGAACUUUGCCAAAGACUCAGCGCCCAUCGUCUCACAAGAGGUCAACCGGUCUUCUGGCAAGGGCGGCGGUGCCGCUGCGUCAAAGGCGGCAGCAGGAGGGAAGUCGAAGAAGAACAAGCCCAUGAGCGCACAAGAGCAAGAGGCCCGCAUUGCGCAACUGAGGGGUCUGCAAGACCUAUACAAGCCUGGUGAAGGGCCUCGUGAUGAAACUGAGGUAAUCCAGCGUACUCCAGGAGCAGAAUCCAGCGAUGAUUCCGACUCGGAGGAAGAGUGA